AUGUUGGCAAAGAUUUCAACCACAUGGAAAGUGCUUUUAAAGCUGCUGGUUCCUGAAAUUCUAUUCAGCAGUUGGAAAUCAAUCCACAGCUUUCUUCAUUCACCCUGCCACUGGGGGCUAAAGCACAGGCAAGAGCGCCUGUUGAGGAAAACCACAAAAAGCAUCUUAGCAGCUAAAACGAUGCCGCAAUCUAUACGUCUCUUAUUACUGUUUGUGCCUCUAAUAAUGCCAGCACCGCCAAUUCAGCAAAACUCACGCAUUAUCUAUGACUAUGGAACAGCUAAUUUUGAAGAAACCUUAUUUAACCAAGAGUAUGAGAAAAAAUAUGUGGAUGGAGGAAAUUCUAAGGAAAAAGAAACUAUGUCAAUCACUGAUGAGAAAAGUCUUCAAUUACAAAAGGAUGAAAGUAGUACUCCAUUACCUCCCAAGAUAGAAAUAGAUGAAAUGCCAACAUGCCUGUUAUGUGUUUGUUUAAGUACUUCUGUUUACUGUGAAGAAACUGAUAUUGAAACUGUACCACCCUUGCCAAAGAAAUCAGCCUAUCUAUAUGCACGGUUCAACAAAAUAAAAAAACUGACUGCCAAAGAUUUUGCAAAUAUACCUAAUUUAAGAAGAAUAGAUUUUACGGGAAAUAUGAUUGAAGAUAUAGAAGACAAUACUUUCUCACAACUUGCUCUGCUAGAAGAACUGACACUAGCUGACAAUGAACUAUUGAAAAUUCCAGUUCUUCCUCCAAAGCUUACUUUAUUUAAUGCAAAGUCCAACAGAAUCCAAAGUAAAGGAAUAAAAGCAAAUACAUUCAAAAAACUGAAUAACCUCUCAUACCUCUACUUGGACCAUAAUGCCCUUGAAUCUGUGCCUCCUGGUUUACCAGAAAGUCUACGUGUGAUUCAUCUUCAGUUUAAUGACAUAACUUCAAUUACUGAUGAUACAUUCUGCAAGGCUAAUGACACUCAUUACAUCCGGGACCGCAUCGAAGAGAUACGUUUGGAAGGCAAUCCCAUCGCACUGGGAAAGCAUCCCAACAGUUUUAUUUGCUUAAAAAGAUUACCCAUAGGGCCAUACUUCUAACCACUAUCAAUGCAACAUGAAAGAUAAAGCAUAUACAUACUUACAAUAAGUUUAAACAAUGUCUAAAAAAGCUUAAAUAUUUCUUAAUAUUGAUGUGAAUUUUAUGUUUUAAGCAAGGGACGUUCAAAAAUCUUAUAAGUAAAAAGACUGAAUCUGUAGGUUUAGAUCAAAGUAAUGUGAAGCAUUUAAACACAAUUACAAAAUUCUUUUUUU